AUGACAGUCGGGAUCCCCGAUGACUGGUUCAGAGAUGGUGCAUGGACUCGGAUGAGUUCUAGAGAGCGGCAAGAAUGUUUCCCACUAUGGUUCGAAAGGCAAAAGCACAUCCGACGCAAAGUCGAUCUGCGUCUCUGCACCCUGGCCGGCCUGCUGUGUAGUUUGAAUUUGCUCGACUCGGGCAUCCUCGCUUCCGCAGCGGUCACCUCGAUGCCGGCGGAUCUGGGUCUGGACCAGGGCUCUCGAUUCUCAGUGGCCAUCUUCUCCUUCACCAUCGCCAGUGUCGUCUGUCAAAUACCAUGCACCCUUGCGGUGCGCUACUUUGGGCCUCGAGUCUGGUUCACUUUCACUACCGUGGUGUUUGGUCUCAUGAACCUACUGACUGCGUUUGCGCAGCAAUGGUGGCAUGUCAUUCUCCUUCGAGUGAUCCAGGGAAUGGCCAUCGCGGGCAUGUACCCCGGUCUAACUUAUCUCAUCAGCACUUGGUACCUACGUCGAGAGCAGCAGCUACGAUUCGCGAUUUUGCAGGCUGUGGAGGUCGUACUUCUUGCCUUGGGCAAUGUGCUGAAUUGGAGACUGGCUGGCCUCGAUGGGGUGCGGGGAUACGCUGGCUGGCGGUGGAUGUACUUGGUUCAAGGACCUAUCACUAUCGCGCUGGGGAUCAUCACCUAUUGGUGGAUGGUCGACUUUCCGGAGACCACCCAGCCGAGUAAGUGGUUCCUAAAUGCAGAUGACAGGAACAUUGCAGUGGCUCGCGUCAACGAUGAACGAGCGGACGCCUUUGUUGAGCCGUUCUCUUGGGAGAGGGCAAUGGAAUGUUUCAAAGAUACGAAGCUGUAUGGCUUUGCAUGCUUGUACUUUCUUCUGAACCUGGUUUCCACCGCCGUUUCAUACUUUUUGCCGACCAUUCUGGAGGAUGGCCUGGGCGUUGUCGGCCAAAAGGCGAUUCUGCUGUCAGUUCCGCCAUACCUCUGGGCCGCAGUAGCCGUUUUGAUCACCUCUCUCUGCGCCGACAAAAUCAACCUCCGUGGACCAUUCAUCUGUCUGAACGCGCUCUGCAUUGUGUUCGGUUUCGUGAUGCUCUAUGGCGCCCCUGCCAUUCCAGUAGGGGCUCGAUAUGCCGGCAUGGGGAUCGCGACAGGCGGAUAUGUGUCGAACUGGGCAGCGCUGAACGCUUAUCAAGCCAACAACGUCAUUGGCCAGUGGAAACGUGCGAUCACUGCCGCGACGGUGGCCAUGUUCGAAGGCAUGGGAAGUGUGGCAGGCAGCUUUAUUGUUCGGCAGUCAGAGGCACCAAAGUAUCCGACUGCGUUUGGAGUGGCGCUUGGGUCUCAAAUUCUCAUUGUGAUGAUGGUGAUUUUGUUCUCGAUUUAUUUCAGACGGAUGAACAAGUUGGCAGACAGGGGUCAGUGGAUAAUGAACGUCGCCGAUUUCCGAUACACAACUUAA